AUGGAUUCUCCAUCGAGCGCGACGCCGAGCCCGACAAAGGCCCUCAAUCCCCUGUCACCAGACCGGAUGAACCAGCAGAUCGGACUUGGCUCACCCUCAAUGUCAUCGGAUAUUUUCAACAUGCAGCGGAAGACCCCCCGGGGGCUCACCGAUGUACAGGCCAAGGUCGCGUAUCUGAACAACUUGUCGCGAGGAAACAGCCCCGCGCAGGGCUCACAGCCUUCAGCAGCAUCUACGGCAGCUCUCCAGCGGGCUAUCCUUGGGCGCGAAGAGGCUGAGUCGGCGUUGGCCAAUGUUUCCGCUCAACUUUCUGAAGCCCAGUCGCGGGAGCGUCGGAUAAGUGAAAGGCUGGAGUCCCUGCUGGAAGAACUGCAAACAACAAAAGAACGCCAGGCCCACGAGCGAUCAAUCUUCGAAAAAGAAAUUAGGAAGGCGAGGAAGGAAGCUUUUCGAGCUGGCUCCGUUCUGGUGAAAACACAGGAGGAGCUGAAAAACGCAAGAAACGAAGCAAAAGGAUACAAAGACGAGGCCCAGGCAGAGCGAGCAGCAAAAGAACAAGCAAAACAGGAGGCUUUCGAACGCGCUUAUGCUAUUGCUGGUCUCACGGAGGAGAUGGAGGUCCUUAAAGAACAGCUACGGGCCGUCGAGGCCAACAACCACUCGCAGAAGCUCGAAGCGCAAGCGCAGCAGAAGAAAAACGAUAUUGGACGAAUGUCGCUGACUGAAGGCGAUCUCAAUCUCUUGUUGACACCUACCCCUCGGAGACCCAAACGUUCUGCAGAGGAAAUAGCCAACCCGCCUCAAGCCAAUGUCGCUGAAUCUUCACCGGUCAAGGAUACACCUCCCAAGAGACAAAGGAUGUCAGACGUAACCCCUAGAAAGGAGGCCGCGGAGAUCACGACACUCGAUGUACAUGAGGAACAAAUCGCUGAGUUGGAGGAGACCCUCAGGCGCGAGCGUCAACUCAGAGUCGACGCCGAGGGAAUGCUCGAAUUCUUGCGCCUGGAGUGCCAUUUUAAACGCUGCACUUGCCGCUUGGCAGAGCAGAAAAGCGUUCCUCAUACCCAUGAACCGCAAAGCGUGGAUACGACGAAAAAGGAUGAGCUGGAACACCCAAAACAUCACAAAAAUGACCAGAACGCACUUGCUGCACCAGAGAAGCCAAGUCCGUCUCAUACUCCUAAAGGCGAGCCUAGAUAUGUGACAAGUGUCAAGGAACAAAUACUGAUGGAGGAUCCUGCCGGAGAAGAAGCAGCCGAGCGCGAGGUGGCCGGGGAUGAUGUCGAUGAAGAUGUGGAUGAAAUCGUUGAAGAGGUCGAGGAGAUCCAGGAUGUUGACGAUGACGACGACGAUGAGCCUCCGGAGGAACCUUUGAUAACAUUCUCACCUGCCACUGGGACCUUCCACACCUUCCCUUCUCCUGUACGAGGAUCUCCCCGAAAGGCCAACGAGGCUACUGCAAACGAUCAUCAGUCACCAGCAGCCUACGCUGAACACGGAAUAGACGCCCGUGUGAUGUCUGGUAGCCCUGCCCCGAAAUAUGGGUCUCUUCAGCGCCAGGCUCCGUUUGAUUCUAUAACGGAUCGUGAAGCUACUCCGAAAGGCCACCCCUCGCCAGCGGUUGUUGAUGUGCCAUGGGAUCCUGUGAUGCCCAUUGGACAUGAAGCCGGCACCCCUGAGAGGCACAAUGACCCCACGAAGGUUCCUCUGCGCGAUGAUGGGGGAUCAAAUCGCUUUUCCGACGUGCCUGGUACCCCCAUCAGCCGAGAAGAAGCACUGGCUCAGAUUAGAGCGCGGAGAGAGAGAGCAAACACCAUGAAGAGGUCUGUCAGUGCCAGUGAAAGCGGGCUUCGCUCGGGAGGCAUGGGAGUUACUCCUGUCCGAAGCGCUCGACGGUACCCUGGCGUCCAGAAUUCAGAUGCAAGCGACGGUUCCAUCAGAAGUCGGAGGGAUAUGAGCGCUCCUAUCCAAAUGUCCCACUACUGA